AUGAAAAAAAAAACUUUAGGCAUGAGACGAAUAAAUCGUGUAGAAUCAAUAAAUAUUGAUGCUGAUGAAUUAACACAUGCCGUGGUGACAACUACUACACAAAUACGUAUUAUACGACAAAUAGAAAUGACACCGACGAAUGAAGCAGUUUCUCGGUUACAUUCUACUCUUACUCAAUUAUAUACUGAUCAUGUAAGAUUUUCACCAACAAUCUGGACAAAUAUGCAUCGUGUUCCCACACUUAUAACUACUAAACGUUCGCAGAAAAUAUUAUGGUUUAUUGGUUGUUUGUUUAUCAGUGUUGGAAUAUUCGCUCUUUCAGUUGUAAUUAUUGGUUUAACAAUUGCUUUUAGAAAAAUUAAUAUUGUUAGAGAAACUGAUAUUGAAAGAUACGAUCUAGGUGAUUUAUAUUAUGGUAUAAAUAAUGUAAAUCAAAUAAAUUAUUCGUCUAAUACUUAUCUAUCAAAUGAUAAUAAAAUAUUAAUUGAAAAAUAUUUUUCCAAUCAAUUACUUAACGAACCGGGUUAUCGUAAUUUAUUUAUUGAAAGAAUUUUUAUUCAAGAUCAAUCCAUUACAAAUGAACAAAAACAACGAUCAUGUUCGAUUAUUCUAAUUAUUGAGAAUAUUCAAAUUUAUUUCGAUCAAUGUUCAAAUUGUACAAUCGAACGUAAUUUUAUCUUACGCCAUUUAUUUUUUAAUAUAACUUCUUUUCGACAACCAUUUUAUUUAUUAUUAAAUAACCUUCGUAUAUCUAUACAAAUUUGUUCAACAUUAAAUAUAUUUCGUUCUAUUGGACCAAUACGAUUCAAUAUUUCGUACGAACAUAAAAUAAAUUCAAGUCUUUUAAUAAACAAUAAUAAUUUGAAAUAUAUUUCUUCAACAAUGAAAAAUAUUUUAUUACCAUUAAAAAUAAAUUCAUCAAGUAUUACAACAAAUUCUAUUAAAAUUAAUCCUACUAUGUUAACGAUUCCAUUUGAAAGAAUUAUUGAUUCAACAUCAACAAUCCAUCUACUUGAAACUACUAAUUCAAUAAGUUAUUUAGAACAAUCGAUAAGUUCUACAAUAGAUGAUUUAUCAACAAUAACAGAUUUCAACUCAUUUCAAACACAAGAAAUAUCCUCAGCUGUUUUCAAUGAAAUUCAAACAUCUAAUUAUAUCGAAGAAACUACUCAAUCGCCAAUAUAUAUUUCAACUUCAAUAAAACUAGCAACUAACAUUCAACAACAAUCAUCAAUUAAAUCAAGUGUUACAACUAAAAGUUCUUUUGAAAAAACAACUCCGAGCAUGUUUGAAUUUUUACCAUUCAGACCAUCUAAAACUAUUUUUCCUUGGCAAAAUACUUCAUCUAGUCGGUUUAUGACAUGA